UAAUCGAUACAUGGAUUUAUAGUGCUGCAACCUUGCCAUUGACUUUCCGUUGUCUCGAAGAAAAUAACAAGAUCGAUCCACGAGUGACGCGUUUUGUUGUGGCAGUUGGUGCCACGGUAAAUAUGGAUGGAACAGCUCUUUAUGAAGCCGUGGCCGCAAUCUUCAUAGCACAAUUGAAUGGAAUCUCAUUGGGAUUCGUCGAAGUCAUUACUGUCAGUCUUACGGCUACUUUAGCGAGCGUUGGAGCCGCAAGUAUUCCCAGCGCAGCUCUAGUCACCAUGCUGUUGGUGCUGACUGCUUUAGGUCUUCCUACAAACGAUAUUUCCCUGUUAUUCGCUAUCGACUGGAUGUUGGAUCGGAUCAGGACUUCGAUCAACGUUUUGGGCGAUGGUUACGGGGCUGGAAUAGUUUACCACUUAAGUAAAGCAGAACUAGACAAGAUGGACGAGGAAAGGAGACUAGAGGGUUUGGAAACUGGAAAGCCUCUCGAAAUUGCCGCUGAGAGCUGUCGAGAAGAGCCAGGAAUACAUGAACAAACUUCUGAGACGAAAAUCUGAGAUCUUUUUAUAGAUUUCAGCAAAGACAUGAUGCUGUUUCGCUAAUCUUCGUCUCUGCCAUGUAGAUUAACUUUUUAUUGUGGUUUAACCCUACUU